AUGCAUUUCUCCAACUCUAUGCUGUUGAUGACGGCGCUGACCGCUGGGUCGGCUGUCGCUCGUCUCCACGGCCACGAGCGUCGUCACGCACACCACCGAGACAUUGUCGAUAUUGAUGUCGAACCCACCGUGACCGUUGCUCCUCAGAUUGCCAACGUUGAGAAGCGCGGUGAGCAGGUCUUUGCUACCAUCGACGGCCAACUCGUCUCUUGGAUCAACAACUGGUUCGGCGACAAGGGCUCCGCUGCGAAUACCGCCGCAGAGGUCGCUGCAGAUGUUGUUGCAGAUGUCGUUGCAGAUGCCGCUCCCUCUGAGGCCCCCGAGACCCCUGAGGCCCCCCUGUCCACCCCCACCCCCGCCCCCACUACCACUGUCGCUCCUACCGCUGAGGCCACCAGCGAGGCUGCUGCCAUCUCCUCCGUCAAGCCCACCGCCGCUCCUUCUAGCCCCAGCUCCUCCGGCUCCAGCAACUGGGCCGAGUACCCCACCGAUGGCAAGUACACCACCACUGGAUUCGGUUCCGCCACCGUCAGCCAGCGCAAGGGCAACCUCGACUGGGACUUCGUCGGUAACGUCGGCAGCCCCUGGGGAAGCAACAUGAUCCGCGUUGAGGAAGACGCCGCCAGCGGUUACAAGCACGUUAUCCGCUUCGAGAACGACAACGCCAAGGCCUGGACCGUCGUUAUGUGGAACUCCUACGGUCCCGAUGGUGGCCUGAACGGUUUCUGGAGCCCCAACAAGGCCCUUAGCUUCACUGUCGAGCCCGGUCACAGCAUCUACGUUGCCGUCGAUGACAACUCCCAGGGUGGUUGGGGUGCCGCCGAGGGCGAAGGUAUUCCCACCAACUUGAUCGGUGCUUACGCUUCCACCUGGGGUGAAUUCGACAUGAGCAACGCCCAGAACGACAACUUCUCCGGCUGGGAUGUCUCCUGCAUCAUCGCCGAGCUUGCUGGUAUGGAAAUCGAUGGCAUGCAGAUCUGCAACCACGAGGGUGAGAAGUGCUCCUCCAUCACCAGGGGUGCCGGCAGCGUCGUCAGCGCCUACACCGCCGCCGACCAGGGCAAGCCCGACUUGGCUAUUGCCCAGGGCCCCGGUCCCGUCCGUCUCAUCGUCAACCUGGGCUGGGCUUAA